AUGGGUCGCUCUCAGGAGCUCAGUGAAUUCAAGUGUGGUACCGGGAUAGGUUGCCACCUCUGCAACAGGUCCAUCCAUGAAAUUUCCUUGCUACUAAAUAUCCCACGGUUAACUGUUAGUGGUAUUAUAACAAGUGGAAGCAACUGGGAACCUGGGAACAACAGCAACUCAGCACACGAAGUGGUAGGCCACAUAAAAUGACAGAGCGGGGUCAGCACAUGCUGAACUCCUUAGUUACAGUGAAGGAGACUCUUAAGGUGUCAGCUUACCAAGGCAUUUUGGACAAUUUCAUGCUCCUAACUUUGUGAGAACAGUUUAGGGAUGGCCCCUUC